GACAAGUGUAUAGCAGAGAGGGGAAAUAACAGGGCAUAAGAAAGGGGCUGAUAAUGGCAGAAAGAGAAGUAGAAAAAUUAAAAUGAAAAUCUUUUAAAGUGGAAAAACUGAUUUUGCAUAAAAGAUAUUAAUAGGAUAUUAAUAGCAGUAAUGAGACAAAAAUAUGCAAGAAAAGGUAAAAAGACCAGUAAGAAAAUAUAGUGAGAAGAGUUUAUUCAGAGGCAGUGUGAGCUGCAUGGGAAGAGAGGGUGGGAGACAGGUAAGAGGGAUUUAGAGGGAGGGAAAAAAGUAGAGAGGGAACAACUCCAGUGGCAAGACGGGCAAAUGCUGCCGCCUACCUUGGAACCCUGCUGAAGUACUAGCUGUCUGGACCCCCACCAUGUCCAUCUCCUGUGAGAACGCAACAAGAGUACAUGAGGAUGGUCACCCUGCAGUCAGCACCCUGAUGUUUGCUGGAGGGGUAGUGGGCAAUCUUUUAGCUCUGGGCAUUCUUGGUGUACAUCGGAGAGAAAGGAGAGCUCGUGCAUCACCCUUCUGGGUUCUAGUGACUGGUCUGGCAGUGACUGACCUCCUUGGCACUUGUAUACUAAGCCCUAUGGUCUUUGUCUCUUAUGCUCAACAGUCAUCCAUCCUGGCUCUGGGUGCAGCACCUCUUUGCCAUCUUUUUGCUUUUGCCAUGACCUUUUUCAGCUUAGCCUCUAUGAUGCUCCUCUUUUGUAUGGCACUGGAGCGGUGCCUGGCGAUCAGUCAUCCCUAUGUGUAUGCUCAACACUCCUGGGGUCACCGUCUGGCCCAUGCUGCCAUUCCUGUUUCCUAUGUUCUUGGAGCCCUACUCUGUGCUCUGCCUCUGGUCGGAGUAGGUGAACAUAAACAGUAUUGCCCAGGCACUUGGUGUUUCAUCAGAAUGACAGUACCAGGACACAGAGAGAGCGGAGCACUAGCCUUUUCCUUGCUUUAUGCCAGUCUCACUGGGCUUCUCAUUGUGGCCAUAGUGAUUUGCAAUACCUCAGUGACUGCCAGCCUUUGUCGAAUGCGGAAGGGACAGAAGGCUCGAAGAGGGUCCUUGCGCAGAUGUGGUGCUCGUGGAUGGCUUCUGGGAGCAGGAGAGGAGGAGCUGGAACAUUUAAUCCUUUUGGUACUGAUGACAGUUAUUUUCAUGGUUUGCACUGUUCCCUUGACGCUGCGUGCUUUUCUAGGUGCUAUUUAUGAAGAUGAUAAUGAAUCAGCAGAUCUAUUGGCAUUUAGAUUCAGUGCCUUUAACCCCAUCCUAGACCCAUGGAUCUUCAUCAUCUUCCGUGGAUCUGUAUUCAGGAAGCUUCGUUCCUUGCUUUGCUCUGGCUGGAGCCACACUAACAAACCUACAAGUGUCACCAGCUUCCUGGAACCUUCAAGCCCAGGAUUCAUACCAAGAUCACCUGAACUGGUGCCAGUGGGAGACACAUGCUGUGCUGGAAAUCUUAAAAAAGAAAGAGAUAGUGAAAGAGAAGGCACAGGCGAACGAGAGGCUGCUUUACUCCCUCCACCACCGUAAGAUUUGGGAGAUGUGAGACAGAGACUGAACCUAGUAAGAAAACUGAAGUCAAAUCAAACUUUUACCCAAAAGGGCUGCAAUGGUGAAGGGAACAUAUUGAGACACUGAGACAUUCUUUUUAUGCAAAACAAAAAGCACUCUAUAAUGAUAAAAGGCCUCAUAUAUAUUAAGGGGACAUAUUGUGGGCUAAAAGGAAAUAAAAGUUGUAAACCCACUUUUAAAGCCAGUGUCCUAUUUACCCUGGACAUGCAAAGACUAAACCAAUUAGAUGUAACUUAAACAUUUUGAGAUGCAACUUAACUAAAACCAGUACAUACUGUAUAGUGACCAAGCAGCUUUAUGAGCACAGUCUCAAAAGGGGGGACAAUCCUGGAUAAACCAGGAUUUCUAAAUGUCAGUGGUCUUACGCAUUUUUUUGGUUUGAGCCGCCAUUUAAAGUACAAGAUUUGCUGAAGGUCUGGCCAUACACGUUAAGAUCCACUCACUUGGCAAGGUCAUGAUAUCCCCACAUACAGGUGAGCAAUAUCGGGCGAAUUUAGGCUAAUGAAGGCCAAACGAUCGAAUUAUAACGACGGUAAUGGGCGCAGUUGGUUCGAGGACUGCAUCAACAAGCUAAUGCGGUUCCUGAUCCGACUAAAUUUUUUAACCUGCCCUAUUGAUAUCUGGCCGAUUUCAGGCCAGAUGUCGGUCGGGCAGGCCUGUCGUUGCUGCCCCUACACGGGCCGAUUAGCAGCCGAAUCGGUCUAAGGGGGCGAUAUAGGCAACUAGAAUCAGCCUGUGUGUGGCCACCUUAACUUUGCUGUUUUAAGCUGAUGAAGUAUCUAGAAUUCCAAAAUGGCUUAAUCCCCUAAAUCUCAACUUGACUGGCCUUUAGGUGAUCUACAGUAAAUAAACCUGAGCCCAAACACAAUACAUACUGUAGGUAGAUGGAAGUUCUAGGCUGUCAUAGAAAAGCACUUGUGAAUCAAUGUGUGUAAGUGGUAAAGCAUAGUAUGGAUGGAAAGAUGAGCGAAUAAAGAGAGAGAUAACCAAUUUUUCAAUAGUAACAUAAUUCUUUCCUGGUCUUCGUCAUUUUUGUGCACAGCAAUAUUAUUUAUAACACAAAUUAACUUUAAUACUGUACUUAUGUCUGGUACUAAUACAGUUGUGACUUCCAAAUAA